UUGAUGAUUAUUAUCUAUUUUCCGUCUCCUCACUCUCCUUCUCUGUUCUUAUUAUGAAAAGUUAAAUUAAACAAAAAAAAAAGGCUUACGGCAAAUCUGUGAUCGAAGCUGAAUCACUCCUAGCUGAGCUCGGAUUUGUCGCCAAAGGAAGUUCCCGACGAAGGAACCGAAUCAGAAUUUUCUCAACAAACUCCAAAAAUCGAGUCUUGUUCUAGUCAAAUUGAAAUCAACUCUCUGAAUAGUGCGUUUUCUCUGGACACUUCUUCCUCUUCUUCACCUUUGCUUCCCGCAAGUUUCGUCUCUGAAUCAUUUGGGGGGAUCAAAACCUUUCGUGAUGGACUACGAAUCGUUUGAUAGCAGCGGAACAGAUGAUGAUCUGCCUCCAUCGCAUAGGGUUGCACGAGGAGGAGGCCGUGUGACUGGCAAUGGAAGACCUUCGAGUCUUCCUCCAUCUUACCCCCCUAAGAUGUAUGAUGAAGUUGCUGCUGAUAUGGAAGCUCAGAUUCACCAGAUUGAGAAGGAAGCCUACAUCUCUAUCCUAAGAGCCUUUAAAGCCCAAGCAGAUGCUAUCACUUGGGAAAAGGAAAGUCUUAUAACUGAACUGCGCAAAGAGUUGAGGGUAUCGAAUGAGGAACAUAGAGAGCUUCUUGGUCGUGUAAACGCAGAUGAUACAAUACGAAGGAUAAGGGAGUGGAGACAAUCUGGAGGAAUGCAACCAACUAUACGCAAUGCUGCUCAAGUGGUUCACGAUACCUUGCCAACACCUUCCAUUUCAGCUUCUACUAAGAAGCACAAACCAAACCAGCCAGUUCCUUCUCAACCAUUCGCUUCACCUCCUUUCCACCCUCAAGCUGAUCCCACUGACCAAUUUGCUUCAUGGAAGGCUAAACGAGGAUCUGUUCCCAAUGCCAAGGGCAAAAAGCAUAAACCAGGUUUCCCUGGUGGUUCGUCUUCUGCAAAACCUAUCUCAUACCAUCCUUCAGAUCAACAACCUCCACGAGGACAAGGCAUGAACAGAUUACCAUCUGGUCCCAUCAGUUCAAGUGAACCCACAAACGGAACCGAACCUGAGUCCUUUGUAGGAAGAAAAGUUAGAACAAGGUGGCCAGAAGACAAUACAUUUUACGAGGCUGUCAUCACCAAGUACAAUCCCGUUGAGGGUCGCCAUGCUUUGGUUUAUGACAUUGGAACACCUAGCGAGACAUGGGAAUGGGUCAAUCUCUCAGAGAUAUCUCCUGGGGAUAUUGAGUGGAUAGGAGAGGGUCCUGCGGUUGGUAAUCAGUAUGGUUAUAACGGACAAGGUCUUAAUAGAACCACAGGACCGAACAGUGUUCCUCAACGAGGAAGCGGUGUGGUAAAGACCACGGUUAAAAAAGAUUUCAGAACAUCGCAGAAUGGAACUGGGAAAAGGAAACAUAUGGAUAUACGAAUCCGUCAGACCAAUGUCCUAAUCAGAGAGGUGGAGAGAGUUCUUGGCUCACACAAUCCAGAUCCUCAAGAAGUUGAAAGGGCUAAGAGAAUGUUGGAGGAGCAAGAACAAGCGCUUGUGGGUGCAAUCGCAAAGCUUGGAGAUAUAUCCGAUGGAGAAAACGAAGGUGGCUUUCGUCGCUAAACUUGUGUGUUUUGAUAGAAUCAAGCAGUUUUGCCAUGGUUUCCAUUAAAGAAGAGAGCAUUUGUUGAGAUCAUCAAAGGUCAGAGUCUCAACUUCUUUGAUGUGUUACCCUUUUUGGUUGUAUCUGACUGUAAUUUUUGCUGACAGUUAGAGAUUAGAUCUUUACCUUAA